CCCUCCGCUUCAGUGUCCCUCUCCCUCCCCCGCCUUCUCUCUCUAUCUCUCUUUCUAUUCUCUGCCUCUCCAUUUUCAAAGUUGUAGUUUUUGUCAUGGAGCCAAACCCUAAAUGCUACUGCUAGCCGCUGGUAUUCUUCUAGAGAAACCAAGUUAGAAAGUUGCAAUCUUUAUAGGGUUUGGUAUGUAAAAUCCCCCAUGGAGAAUACAUUGAUUGUCAUAACAAGAUGAAGCUUUUUCAAGCCCCUUCCUCUCAAUCAAGAGCUUCCUCUGUUCUUGUCAAUGUUAUGCCCUUUUAUAGUCUUUCAAUCAGCUUUAGCAACCCAAUGUCUCUUUCAGUGUGUGGUUUUUGUAGGGUCUUUCAACCGAAUAAAGGCAACAACUUCAUUUUCUUGGCAAUGACCAAGGCCUGUGUAAGUAGAUUUUACAGUUUUUACCAUGAAGCCCCAAGGCCAUUGUUUCCCAGGGGAAAGUAUGGAGGUGGAUCUUUCAAAACCUUAUCCACUUGCUCUGCACCUUUGAUCUCUUCAACAGACUCUCUCAUUGUCUGUCCCCCCUCAUCACUAGCAUUGGCCGCCUGCAUUACGCAUUCUGAUGUAUCCCAACGUUCAGAAGAAUGGUUUGCACUGAGGAGGGACAAACUGACCACAAGCACCUUUAGUACUGCCUUGGGUUUUUGGAAGGGAAACCGUCGUUUGGAGCUCUGGAAUGAGAAGGUUUUUGCACCAGAGAUAAAUAUCAUUGAAACUUCUAAGAGAGCCUUGGAAUGGGGUGUGCACAAUGAAGCGGCAGCUUUAGACAGCUAUAAAAGCAUCACAAGUCGUGAAGUUAGUCAUUUGGGAUUUGCAAUCCAUCCAGCACAACAAUUUGAUUGGCUUGGUGCUUCUCCAGAUGGUCUCCUGGAGGGUGGCAUCCUGGAAGUUAAGUGUCCCUAUAACAAGGGGAAGCCAGAGAUGGCUCUGCCCUGGUCAACCAUGCCUUUCUAUUACAUGCCUCAAGUUCAAGGGCAAUUGGAAAUAAUGAAUAGAGAAUGGGCAGAUUUGUAUUGCUGGACACCAAAUGGAAGCACAAUAAUUCGAGUGCAUAGGGACCAUAGUUAUUGGGAGCUAAUACACCCCAUUCUACGGGAAUUUUGGUUGGAAAAUGUGAUACCUGCCAGGGAAGCUCUGUUGCUUGGUAGGGAAGAGGAGGCUAAAUCAUAUAAACCGACAUCUACUCACAGACAUACAGGACUUAUAAUUGUUAAGAGCUUAAAGUUAGCUAAUGAAUGCAAGCUGUUAUGUAGGGAGAUUGCUGGUCAUGUUGAAUUUUAUAAGUGAUAAACUUCAAAAUGGUAUUUUGCAAUUUAUCACGCAUAGAGUAGGCUGCUUUACUGUGCAAGGAGCAGCAGGAUCAUACCCAGUUCAAGUAUAGCAGCUCAGCAAUAGAAAAGCGAGAGGAUUAACCGCAUGUUCAAACAGAUUGCUGAUAAGAAGUGGUGGAGCAAAAAAUGUCAUUUGGUUUUUGUAUUCUGUCAAGUGUCUAAUGAGCUUCUCUAUUUAGUGUUCCAUUUAUGAUUUACAGUCAUCCAUCAGUUAGCUGUUGGAUUUUGUCAUGUAUUAUAUUCUUCAUGAACCUGAUUCAUAAUAUCAUAAAAGAACUUACGCAAAUGUGGUUUCUUUUCUGGUGAAA